AUGGCCAUCACACACCCUCAUCUCACAAAUAUAGCCAAUUCCAACUCAACCCCUUAUUCAAAACCCAACUAUAAUGAUAAGGCCAACCACCCAAUCACGCUUCUCCCCGUCACGAAAGCCGAUCUCCCGCGUAUAGCCCUCCUCGAACAUCUCGCAUUUGAAGAAGAUGAAUUCAGCGACUUGGCAUUUGGGAAAGAGAGGGGAAGUCCCGAGGCCCUGAAGAUGCGCGAGAGACAGUUUGAGAAGUUUCUCGAUAAGGCGGAGAGGGGAGGAGAGGAAGAGGGGGGAUGGUAUUGUAAGGCUGUUUUGGGCUUGGAGAGUGGGGGGAUGGAGGAGAUUGUGGGGAUUGCGGGGUGGAGUUUGGGGGGUGGGGAGGAGAUGGGGAAGGGGGAGGAAAGGGGGAAUGGAGAGGAGAAGGGGGCGAUGGGUUCCCCGACGGAAUUGAAAGAGGGGAAGAUGAGGAUCAAGACGCAAGAGGAGUUGGAGGAGAUUUGGGGAAAGGGGAGUAAUGUUCAAUUGUGUGAGAAUGUUUUUGUGAGGGGGGAUGAGUAUAUGCUUGGGGCUUGUAGGGGAGAAAAGUGGCUGAAACUCAAUAUCCUCGUCAUCCACCCCUCCUACCAACGCCGCGGAAUCGGCACGCUUCUUCUCGAACAAGGACUCAAAUUUGCGGAUGAGAAAUCUCUGCAAGUAGUACUGGGUGCUAGUCCCUGGGGCAUCGGUCUCUAUCGCAAAUAUGGCUUUGUGGAUGUGCAUUGUAUGGAUAUCCAAUUGGAUAGGUAUGAAGGGGGUGAAGGGAUGGGGAGCACGAGACAUGUUAUUAUGAGACGGCCGCCGAGAGGGGGCGAAUAG